CUCCUCCCCUCCACCACCGCCUGCUUGUCAAACCGAACCUCCUCCUCCGCUUACUGUCCCCUCCCAGCGGGUCUCACUCCCUUUGCCACUGCAGUGAAAGCCUCGGUAGCGGAGAGAGAGACGGCGAGGAGUCUUGAAGCUGGGUGUAAAGCCAGGACCAGACCUUCGAGAGCACUACUACCGUAUUUAGUUUCUUUUUUUUAUUUUUCGCUACAGCUCGGCGGGCCUGCUGACUCUCGCUGUUGUAUCUCUUUUCUGUUCACAUCGCCUGGAUUUCAUCAUCCGACCUGCAAGAUGGGAAAUGAAGCCAGUUACCCUCUGGAAAUGUGCUCACAUUUCGAUGCUGAUGAGAUUAAGAGGCUAGGGAAGAGGUUUAAGAAACUCGACCUAGAUAACUCUGGCUCACUCAGCGUGGAGGAGUUCAUGUCUCUGCCGGAGCUGCAGCAGAACCCGCUGGUGCAAAGGGUUAUCGACAUAUUCGACACAGAUGGGAACGGAGAAGUGGACUUUAAAGAGUUUAUCGAAGGAGUCUCACAGUUCAGUGUCAAGGGGGACAAAGAACAGAAGUUGCGAUUCGCUUUCAGGAUCUACGACAUGGACAAGGACGGCUACAUCUCCAACGGUGAGCUCUUCCAAGUCCUGAAGAUGAUGGUAGGCAACAACCUGAAGGACACACAGCUCCAGCAGAUCGUGGAUAAGACCAUCAUAAACGCAGACAAGGACGGAGACGGCAGGAUAUCCUUUGAAGAGUUCUGUGCAGUGGUUGGCGGUCUCGAUAUACACAAAAAGAUGGUGGUGGACGUGUGAGCACUCUCCGCUUGCUGAAACCCCCUCCUUGCCCUCAACACUCGCUUUCUCCACCAUCUCUGAAGAUCUGCUCAAGACGUCCGGCAAAACGCUCUCUGUGUAACUCAAUGGAAGUAUUCUCUCUCUUUCUCUCUCUCUCUUUGUGAAGCCACUUUUUUUCUUUGAAAAACCACAGGCCUCGAGAAGCCAACUUUGAAGUGUUAUUGAACUGUAAAUCCUCAAUAACCCGGUCGUAGCACUUUAAGAGACUAAAGGACAUCCAUUUGUCAUUUGCAAGAGCAUCUCCAGUUUUGGAUGAGAGGUGAGGGAGGGAGGGGAAAGGGGGGAACCAUGAAGAGGCUGGUUGGCUUGUUCAUAUUUCAUUCUUUCUUUUUUUUUUUUCUUUUUUUUUUGUUAAUUGCUAUUUUUGAUAUUUAUUUUUUGUUCUUGUCUUUUGUAAAGAAAAAAAAAACAAGUAUAUCUAUGGUUGUCUCAUGAGGGGAAGUAUAUAGUGUGUUAACACUUGACUUACAGUAAAAUUAGAAAGUAGGGUAUGAAGUGCCAACCAGAACAUAUCCAGAAACCAGUCCAAGUUAUUACCGAUCAUCUCUGCAGUCAGACAAAAACUGGUGUGCAACACUUCCAUCUGCACGACUGCAGCUCCUAUUUGAUGUAAAAUACAGAAUUUUCAGAUUUUCUCUUUGUCCAUUUUUUGCUCACAUGCGCAGUUUAAACAGACCAGUCACAGCUUCCAGUCACUUAGCAAAGCAACUCGUCUUUCUUUUUGUAAUAAAAUUGCUAGUUUUAUUUAUACUUAAGAAUGUGUUUAUAUUGUUGGAGAUUAAUCUUGUUUCCUGUCAUGAAAUUAUAGCUAGAUAAAUUAAUGCCAAGAAAAUGUCUUUCCAAAUAAUGAAAAAAAAAAAGAAGAAAAAAACUUGUGGCUGAAAAACUAAUACAUGGUUUACUCUUGAA